AUCAUAAUCAUGUUCAAGUUUGUGAUCCUCGCAGUUCUUUUGGCUUUCGCCAACGCUGAGCCUGGACAUCUGGGUGUCCCAUUGGUCACCAGUUAUUCUGGUGUUCCAGCCACUUUGGGAUAUCCUGGCUACUCUGGAUUGGCAUAUUCUGCACCAGCAGCUUAUGCACCUGCCGCUUACGCAGCUCAUUAUGGAUAUGCACCAUCAGCAUAUUCAGCAUAUUCUGCACCACUGCCAUACGCUUACGGAAGAUCCAUCCACUACUGAACAAAGACACCCGAAACCUCUUCAGAUUUAAUCAAUUCAUCUUUUAAGGACGGACGAUGACGUAUACGAAAUUUGUAAAAAUUCAACAAAUUCUUGCGAAUUAUAUCUUAUUCUUUUUCUUGAAAUAAACUAUAGCUUUAUAAUCUCAGAUGUUUGUGUUUUAAUGUGUUAACCACCCUGUAUGAUCCAUUCAGAAACAGUAAUAAUUAGCGAAAAAAAAUUUCCGCUGUGAAUCCUAAUGUAUCAAAAAAUGUAUGAUUAAUCAAUAAAAAAUAAAUUUGUGUGCGUUCUACCAUAUGGUUAAGGAAGAACCUUUUAGUUAAAAACGAGGACAACAAAAACCUAUUUGAAUUUAAUUAAUUUGCCUCUUU